AACUGGCAACAUUGUGUUUUUCCACUUUAAUUUCCAUUGUAUUUAAAUGAAAAAGCCAAUGGCUAUUGCUAAAUGGUUAUAUAAUUCUAUGUUGAUUACAAUACAUGUUUAUAUUUCUUGAUUGUGUUUUUUUUAUAUUUUUCCUCGGAAGAUUCUGACAUUUGUUGUUCCCAGAUGGUUUAGCAAGGGACGGAUUCACGAACUUCCUAGGCAAGCUUGUACUUUGACAAUCGUAUGUUCGAGAGAUCAUUCGCACUUCAAGACCUUCGAGUCGCUGACUGGUCGACAUCAUCUGCACAUGAGGACUGAACAAAUCAUCGACUUUUGUUUAACUUUGAUCAUCAGAUGGUCUUUUGAUAAGAUUUGAAAUUAAUCCAGUUCAGUUGUAUAUCAAGUGUCUGCUGCACCAAGUGACUCUGAAUGUGAGAAUGAAGUUUGAUGAGAUCAUUCAGGAGCUAGGAGAAUUUGGACGUUACCAGAAGCGAAUGUAUUUUCUGGCCUGUCUAGUCACUAUCCCUACAGCUUUCCAUAUCUUGAUGUCAGUGUUUGUACUCGCUGUACCAGAUCACAGGUGUGCCAUUCCGGAACUGGACAAUGACACGUACGCGAGCCAAGGUCCCUGGCAUGCUGACCUCAUCAAUCAAUCUAUCCCAUGGCUGAGUCAGAAGAACAUGUACUCCCAAUGUGAAGUGUUUGUCAAAGAUGUCACACAGAGAGACUGGAGCAACAUGACCAGAAAGUGUGACAAAUGGGUUUACAGCAAGGAAAUAUUUACAUCCACAUUUGUCACAGAGAUGAACAUGGUCUGUCAUCACGUGACUUAUAAAACAUACGUAAGCAUGGCUGUGAUGGGGGGCUUGAUGGCAGGAUCUUUCAUCUUAGGAACACUCUCUGACGUACUAGGUCGCAAGAAAGUUGUAUUGCUGGGUACCAUAGGACAAUUGGCUUCUGGUCUUGCAGUAGCCUUUGUCCACUCUUACAUUCCAUUUGUCGUCUUGAAGUUUUGUGCCACUUUCUUUGGCUGUGGUAUGUACCUGGCUUCAUAUGUCAUUGGUAUGGAGUUAGUAGGCCCAACUAAACGUAGACACGCAGGAAUCAUCUCAUCUUUUUUCUGGCUUAUUGGACACUUCCUUCUGACAGGCAUCGCCUACGUUUUACGAAACUGGCGACAUUUACAGAUCGUUUUAUCUGUCCCUAACUUUUUAAUGAUCUCCUAUUUCUUAUUAUUACAUGAGUCUCCGAGGUGGUUGGUGAGUAGACAGAGGCUGAAGGAAGCAUCAGAAAUUAUCAAAGUAGCUGCCAAAACAAAUAAUGUCGUCUUGUCAGACAAGGUGGCACAUUUAGAAGAAAUAGAAUUAGAUGGCGCUGGUGAAAAAGUCUGGCACAUGAUGACGAAUCUCGUUCUUCUGAUACGUUGCUUGGUUAUUUUCGUCAACUGGCUUGUCGCAUGUCUUGUGUAUUACGGGCUGAGUUUAAAUGUGGGCAACUUGUCUGGAGAUCUGUAUCUGAACUUCUUCCUGUCUGGUGUGGUAGAGCUGCUAUCUUACUUUCUGUGCCUGAUAUUCCUGGACAAAGCUGGCAGGAAGUUAUUACAAUGUCUCUUUAUGUUGACUGCUGGUAUAGCCUGUGUGUGUACUCUGUUUCCUGUACUAUAUGGAACUAAAGAUAUUUCCUGGAUGACGAUGGCAUUAUCUCUGGUUGGAAAGUUUGGAGCUUCAGCUGCGUUCGCUGUUAUCUACAUCUACACGGCUGAGCUAUUCCCAACUGUGAUGAGAAACUCUGGCCUAGGAAUCAGUUCUGUGGUGGCCAGAGUUGGGGGGAUUCUAGCUCCUUACAUUGCUGACAUAGGUCACGUGAUCUCAGGAGACAUGGCUGUAGUGCUACCUCUACUUAUAUUUGGUGGAGCCAGUAUAUUUGCUGGACUACUUGCCCUGUUACUUCCUGAGACGGCCAACAAAAUGUUUCCAGACACUGUGGAGGAUGCUAAAAACUUCGGAAGGAAGAAGAGCAAAAAUAGUUUUGACCUUCAAGGCAUGACUUCACAGCAAAAUGGAAAAUGGAAUCUGUCAUUUACUGUGGAUUCUGAAAAUUAAUUGUCCCUCUGACCAGAUGGCUAGCCAGUUAUUAGAUCUAGUGGAUCAAUGUGUUGAGCAGUGGACCACUACUAAGAUGUACUUCUUUGAAGGACAUACUCAUCUUGAAUAGUAUACAUCUCGGACUUCAAUCAUAAGAUUUUAAUGAAGUGUGGCAGGAAGUUACCCGUUCUAUUUAAACUUAUUCCCGCACCAAGGAGACCACAAUAGUAAUACUAUUCAGACUAUCAUUUCAUGAUAUUAACUUUUACAUGAUACUUGCGAAAUGUAUUUAUAUAAGAACAGUUCAAUGACUGAUAAAUGUAAAAAUAAUUUUAUUAUGAGUUAUAAGUUCGGCGUAAGACUACAAAGUUGUAUUAUUAUUCGGGGCAAGGCUAACAGGAUAUGUUCCUAUUUGUCUGCGCGUCUGUUUUUCUCUGCUUGUUUUUAAAUGUCACAAAUAUUAUGAUGUCUAACUUUAAUCUGAUCUAUAAAUUUUGGGAACUAUUUGCUUAGUGUGUUAGAUGUAGAGUACUUGGGGCGAUCUAAGAAAUGUGAGAACUCUAUUUGCAUUUGAAAUCAUUUCGUCUGGAAAGAUUUGCAUAAACUUAUAUACAUAGAGUACAUUGAAAUGAAACAGUAGCACUUUGUAUACAGAGAAAUGUUUACAAACCAGGAACGAAACUAUAUAGAGUGUCUCUUGCUAUACUCUGUCUGUCUGUCUGUCUCUCUCUUUCUUUUAAUCUCCUCGCUCACUCUCUGUCUUGCGCACACAUACAGUCUAACACUAGUGAUAGAGUAACUGAAAAUUUUAAAAUAGUUUUUAAUUUGUUCUUUUUUUUCUCUCACUCUUUUUCUCUCUCUCUCUCUCUCAUACACAUUAACUAACAGUCUAACACACACUAACCUCACAGAGAAAAACAAAAGGUUUAAAUAGUUCUCUCUUGCUACACACACAGAGAGAGAGAGAGAGAGAGAGAGAGAGAGGAGACCUCAUUUUAAGUUAUUUAAUUUAAAGUCUGAAAUGUAUUUCCGGUCACAUGCCUUAGUUGACAGGUGCGAGCCUAGUCGAACGUAUGCAUAGAGUUGUAUUGUAUUGUACUACUAACUAGUAGACGGUACACCAUUCAAAUAUUGGUUCACAAAUGCGGACUUGUAAAAUUAUAUAUAAAAUUAAAUAUACAUAUAAGCCUCCUUUAUUUUGUACAUCCAUGAUAAUGUGAUGCCUACUUAUAAAUAAAAAUUUGUCGAUAUAUAAUUAAGCUCCACCAAUAACUCAACGUUUCACAUCAGCCACUUCGGCCUAAGGGAGAUAACACACUAUAAAGAUUUAAUACUAACAUGUCGGUUAAGUUGAACUUUCAUCCAAAUCUUCAUCUUAUUUGUGUGUGUGCAAAAUUAGAAUUUAAUAAAAUUGACACUUCUUAGAAAUUACCCCCCUUUAUUGAAGACCUAAAAUACGGAGCCUUUUAAAAUGAGAACUUCUGCCCCGCAGCUAGUGACUUGGAACAGAUUCAAGAAUAAGAUUGUGGCUUCCACCCCGAAAUUUUCUACUGUCAUAUCGUACCAUAUCAACAUAUAGAAUAUAAUUUAUUGCUGUUGGUUGUUGAAGAGGUCAAUGCUUAACACUUGAAGACAAAUACAAAUGUGUCAGUUUUAAAAAGAAACUUGGCGCUGAUAUUGAAAUGUCAAAACCUGAAAAAGGCUGCGACGUGAAUAUAAAAAAUAUUAAGGAAUUAGUUUGAAAACUUUGGGAUGUACAUUGAUGGUGCUUGUGAGUGUAUUAGAGAAAGUUAGUUGGCUACAUUUAUGCUCAAUACGCUCAAAUUUUUACAUUGAUUGAAUGCAUUAAAAAAAAAAUUUAAAGCAGUAUUAUUAUGAAAACUAUUGUGUCUUACUAAUUUAUCUAUAAAUAUCUACAAUGUGUCCUUUUAAAAGUUGAAAUCAUAAUCUUUACAUAGCGUCAUAAUUGGUCAUCAGUUAUGAAAUUAGAUCACAUUUUAGCAAACCAAAGACUCAAUCAUUAUGACAUUUAAACUUUGAAAUCACAGGUCAAAGACCAAAGAGUCUGUAGGGUCUAAAUGAAUUGUUAAGGUCAGAAACCCAAACAUGAUUCGCGUUCAUUAUAUGGUCUGCUAUUAAAUAGAACCAGCGCAUUUAGAAACAAAACACACACUAGAUAUGGCUUGUUAUGCUUAAUAAGCAUUAAGUGACCACAGCUAAUUAAAUUCGUUUCACUUUAAUCAGUAGAGAUAACCAUUGAAGAGCGCGAGGGUCGAGGAUCGAAACUUGUCACUGUAGAUAUAAAACUAUGCUGAAUUAUAUAAAACUAUGCUGAAUUUAGAUACGUUACCUGGGAAGUAUGAUAUAGCUACUGUAUUGAGAAUAAGAUCGAUAGAACAGUAUAGUUAAAUAUUAAUAUUUCUAUUGUGUCAUAUGUGAGACAGGUUCCUUUUAGUGAAAGUCGAAGACUGUUGUCAUUCGGAUGAAGUAAGUAAUGUGAACAUUUACUGUGAACUCUUCAGAUAAGUGACGAGGUCAUUUGAUAGGUCUUAUGUGACCUUAUACAGUGGGCAGUGUGUUUAUUGUUCUUAAAUGCUUGGCUUCUACCAGUUUUCAAGCAGACAUGGAAGUUAGCUCCACUUUACAACGUCCAGCUCACUUCCAGGAUGCUACCAAUCAUAUCGACAUUAAGUGAAAUUAAAAAUAGCUCAUUGGA